AUGGAUGUAAAAUAUAUUCUAAGCAAGAUAAUUAGAAUAGCAGCAAACACAUACAAAAGAGAUUCCACAUUCAAUGAAAAGUACCCAAUGCUAAAAAAUUUAGCAUAUAAUACAUUUAUAUCAUUAGUGGUAUAUCAUGCGUAUAUGGUUAAAGAAAUCAAUGAAGACGCGAUUAUUCAUAUGAUUGAUGAAUCUCUACGUUUAACUAAUAUAUCUAUGGAUGGUAUUGAAAUGGGUGCAUUAUUAUUACCGCAAGACAAACAGAAAACUGCAUUUUAUAAUAUGCUGGAUAAAAUGCACAUAUUUUCAACCCAUUCAAUUUCAUUUUUGGCAUGCAUAAGAAAUGACAUUUCAUGGGCAAUAAAUUUGCAGUCUUAUGGUGAGAAUAGCCAGAUUGAUGAAUCACAUUCUAUGCUUGCACUAAAAGAAUUAUGCCAAAUGAAUGAAUCAGGGGAAUAUUCAAAUCUUGAAAGAGCACUAGAUAUAAUAACAGCAAAUAUAGGCAAUUUUACAACAUACGACAACAACAAUAAUUUGCAAUCCAACAUACAGAAUCUUAAUUUAUCUGAUAAAGAUGUGCAUUUAUUACAGUUGUUCACAUCUUGUCGUAUAGAGUAUUUAUACAAUUUUUGUGGCUGUAAUGGACAGAUCUAUACAGAUUAA